GUCAGCACAUCCUGAUCAGAGGUCUGUUAUGAAUUCCCCCGAGGAGAGGCACAUUGUAGGACCCCUUGUACACAGUUCAUUUUAAAGGCUAAUUUGACUCACCUGUGUUAUUGUCAUCAUCAACCAACAUUGUUAAUCAACAUUACAUGACAUUCUUAUUUAAGAUGACAUUAGGCUGCUACCACUCCUGCAGAGCUAGCCACAGUAUCCUUUUCAGAUCUUAAGACAAUUUUCAGAGCAGAUCAGAAUCUCACUUGUGAUUGAUGCAUUAUGUUUGUCUCCUAACGUUGCUUUAUUAAACUUGGAAUAUAGUUAAUGGGUUUAUGCUCGGGAGGAAAAAUUUCCCCAACUAUCCACAUGCAUGCUAUGUAUAUCUGGUUUUCAAUGCUCACAACUCUCAAAUCAACCACACACUUCUAGCACAUCAUGUUUUUGUUCUAUUAAUUUAUAGUGGUAUCUACCCUGUAUAUAAUCUGAAAGUUUCAGAACUCUAUGACCUCACUGUUAAAAUAGGGACUUUUUUUCUCCAUUUCCUGCUUUCAGUUUAGUUGUUUUACUUGAGAAAGGAUGCAAGCUGGGUUACACCAGUAAUAGCGGUCUCAGAAGUUGUAUUUCUGUUUAGCUUAAAAGUAAUCUACCAAUAGGCUGCAGGUGUUGUAAAAGGUGUUGUUUUUUAAAAGUCCAGUGUACAAGGGGUCAAAAUGAGUCUCUCUGGGGAGAAUGAGGAGGGUGGCCCUCCCUCUAGUAUCUGUGAAGAGAUUGAAGAUGAAGCCACUGCUUCUAGAAUGAGUCCCUCAGGGAGUGAGGGAGAAAUGUCCCUUAAAAGGAGUUUUCCUGCAGAACAGGACACUGACAGGGAACUUAAGAGGAUCAAGACAGACCGACCAGUCUCACCUGUACCUAGUGGUAUCUCCAUGAAGAGUGACCAGUCUAUGGGACAUCCUAUUUUCUUCAAGGAGGGAGAACUUUCCACUGGGCAAAGCAGUAUCUCUGAGGAGAAUGACCAGUCAAUGGAUAACCAACCCAGAGGCCCUACUGAUGAUGAGUUAGUGUACCCAACAGAAGUCCAGGAGAAAACGAAAUCCUACUUGAAGAAUAGGACAUGUUCUUUAUUUGAGGGAAUUGAAGAUCAAGGAAAAACAACACCUCUUAACAACAUCUACACAGAGCUCUACAUCACACAAGGUGGAAGUGGAGAGGUAAAUUAUGAACAUGAGGUGAGACAGAUUGAGACAACAUGCAGGUUUCCAGUAGAACAAGAGACAUCAAUCCAACUCAAUGACAUCUUCAAACCCUUAUCUGGACAAGACAAGCCUAUCAGAACAGUGCUGACAAAGGGAGUUGCUGGCAUUGGAAAAACAGUGUCUGUGCUGAAGUUCAUGUUGGACUGGGCUGAAGGAAAAGCAAAUCAAGACAUCCAGAUCAUCUUUCCACUUCCUUUUCGGGAUCUGAACAUGAUGAGAGAUACAAAUCAAAGUCUGAUAGAACUACUUCAUCACUCCUUCAUAGAAACAAAAGAAUCAGAAAUCUCAGAAAACGAAAAGGUUGUUUUUGUUUUUGAUGGUCUGGAUGAAUGUCGCCUUCCUCUGGACUUCCAGAAUAAUAAGAUCUGCUGUGAUGUCACAGAGUCGACUUCAGUGGAUGUGUUGCUGACAAACCUCAUCAAAGGGAAUCUGCUUCCCUCUGCUCACAUUUGGAUAACCACCCGACCUGCAGCAGCCAAUCAGAUCCCCCCUGAAUGUGUUGACCAGGUGACAGAGGUACGAGGAUUCAAUGACCCACAGAAGGAGGAAUAUUUCAGGAAGAGAGUCGCUGAGGAGGACCUGGCCAGCAGAAUCAUCUCACACAUAAAGACAUCAAGGAGCCUCCACAUCAUGUGCCACAUUCCAGUCUUCUGUUGGAUUUCAGCCACUGUCCUAGAGAGACUAUUGGUUGAAGCAGAGAGUCGAGAGAUCCCCAAGAAUCUUACUCAAAUGUACGCUCAUCUCAUGAUCUUCCAGUCAAAACUGAGGAGUCAGAAGUAUCCUGUAGUGCAUGCCAACGAUUCUCACUGGGAUAAAGAGAUGAUUCUGGCACUGGGAAAGCUGGCUUUUCAACAGCUAGAAAAAGGCCAUCUGAUAUUCUAUGAGGAAGACCUGAGAGAGUGUGGCAUUGAUAUCAAGGAUGCGUCUGUGUACUCUGGAGUGUGCACUCAGAUCUUCAGAGAAGAGUCUGGGCUUAACCAGAUAAAGGUGUACUGCUUUGUCCAUCUGAGUAUCCAGGAGUUUCUGGCUGCACUAUAUGUGUUCCUCAUGUUCACUAACAACAACGUCAAUCUGAUGGCUGAAGAGAAAUCCCUCCCCCAAAAAAACAGUCUAUAUGAAGAUGCAGUGGACAAGGCCUUGCAGUUUGAAAAUGGCCAUCUAGACCUUUUCCUCCGCUUCCUUCUAGGCCUUUCACUGCAGUCCAAUCAGCAUCUCCUUCAAGACCUACUGACACCAACAGGAAGCGGCUCACAGAGCAACAAGGAAAUAGUCAAUUACAUCAAGGAGAAGAUCAGGAAGAACCUCAGUCUGGAGAGAUGCAUCAAUCUGUUCCACUGUCUUAAUGAACUGAAUGACCAUUCUCUAGUGGAGGAGAUCCAAAGCUACCUGAGAUCAGGAAGUCUCUCAAAAUCUAAACUCUCAUCUGGACAGUGGUCAGCUCUGGUCUUCAUGUUGCUGACCUCAGAGAAGCUGGAUGUGUUUGACUUGAAGAAAUAUAUCAGAUCAGAUGCGGCUCUUCUCAAACUUCUCCCAGUUGUCAGAUCCUCUAGAACAGCCCUUCUGAACGAAUGUAAACUCACAAAGAAAAGCUGUGAGGCAAUAGCUUCUGUUCUCAAAUCAAACUCAUGCUGUCUGAGACUGCUGGACAUGAGUGGCAAUAAACUCCAGGAUUCAGGAGUGAAGCUGCUCUCUGCUGGACUGGAGGAUCCACACUGUAAACUGGAGAAAUUGAAGUUGAAUGAUUGUAUCCUAACUGAGAAAUCCUGUGAGGUGCUGGCUUCAACUCUCAGCUCAAACACCUCAAGUUUGAGAGAGCUUGACCUGGGAGGAAAUGAACUCCAGGAUUCAGGUGUGAGAUUCAUCUGUGCUGGACUUGAGAAUCCACAAUGUAAAUUGGAGACACUGAGGCUGGCAGGGUGCAGCAUCACAGAGGAAGGCUGUACUUAUCUGGCUUCAGCUCUGAGGUCAAACCCCUCCCACCUGAAGGAGCUGGACCUGAGUGGAAAUACUCCAGGAGACUCUGGAGUAAAGCUGCUCUCUUCUGUACGAGAGGAUCCCCUCUAUAAACUGGAGACACUGAGGUUAAAUGAUUGAAAGCUCCCUGAGAGUCAGUGAAGGAAUGGCCUCAGCUCCAAGUCCUUGGUUGUGGGAGUGUGCUGCUGUUAAAUACUUCUGGGACAGUUACUAAAUUAACUUCAAAGUGCAUGAAUAUAAAUAUUCAAUGCUUUGAAAUCGACAAUGAUAGCUCCUUGAAUCAGAGGACCCUGGCGAAGUGGUGCCAGGAAACUAACCUCAACAAACACAUCACUGGGGGCAUACUGCCUGUCCUCCAGGACAUCUACAGCACCCGGUGUCACAGGAAGGCCAAGAAGAUCAUCAAGGACCUCUCAGUAAAGGCGCAUCAAAGCCAGGACAGAGAGACUGAAAAACAGCUUUUAUCUCCAGGCCAUCAGACUGUUAAAUAGGGGGGAGGGGUGGGUGGUUGGAUAAAUGGGAUGACAGGUUGAGGCCCACUUUUUAGUUUUCUUGUUUGAAUCCUGUACCAAUAUUUUUGAUAAUUGUUACUGUAACACCCCCCCCUCCCCCCAACAAAGAAAAUGACAAAAGAAACUGCAUUUGGUCAUUCAGUUUGAUUACUUUUACUUCACCUCAUUACACUGCAGUACAUGGACUGACUGUUACUCCUGGCUGGAAUGAUGACUUGUCAAUCUGUCAGUAAGGUGGCGUUAUAGGAAAUGUAAAUAAUGUAAAUGUGGUUUGAUGUUGGUUGAUGUGUGCUGUUUCUGUUGCGUGUCAGUGGACUGUGUGUUCUGUUAGCUCAGUAAAAAGCCAUUUUAUAAUGACAUCAUGUUAUAUCCAUCAUGUCUAUACAUAUUGACUGUAGUAAAGUGUGUUCUGUUAGCUCAGUAAAAAGCCAUUUUAUAAUGACAUCAUGCUAUAUCCAUCAUGUCUAUACAUAUUGACUGUAGUUCAGUGUGUUCUGUUAGCUCAGUAAAAAGCCAUUUUAUAAUGACAUCAUGUUAUAUCCAUCAUGUCUAUACAUAUUGACUGUAGUUCAGUGUGUUCUGUUAGCUCAGUAAAAAGCCCUAUUUUUAUAAUGACAUCAUGCUAUAUCCAUCAUGUCUAUACAUAUUGACUGUAGUUCAGUGUGUUCUGUUAGCUCAGUAAAAAGCCAUUUUAUAAUGACAUCAUGCUAUAUCCAUUAUGUCUAUACAUAUUGACUGUAGUAAAGUGUGUUCUGUUAGCUCAGUAAAAAGCCCUCUUUUUAUAAUGACAUCAUGCUAUAUCCAUCAUGUCUAUACAUAUUGACUGUAGUUCAGUGUGUUCUGUUAGCUCAGUAAAAAGCCAUUUUAUAAUGACAUCAUGCUAUAUCCAUCAUGUCUAUACAUAUUGACUGUAGUUCAGUGUCUCUACUAGUGUCACUAUAGUAAACUUAAUAUCAACAACCUUAUUGUAUUACUAGUAACUCUACAUCUUACCAGACUGAUAUCUUCAUAUUCCAGAGUAUUAGAAGUCUCUGGAUUGUCUUGAUUAUGUGUUGUACACUGCUUUGAGGAUUUUAUUUAUUUAUUGUAGCACCUUGGGUUUUGAAAAGCGUGUUACAAAUCAGAUAUAUUUUUUAUUAUAGUAAUGUAGAAUUACUUACAGCUGAACAGGGUUACAUAUAUUGUAACGCUGAACUUCCGCGAUAUGCAUUGAAUCGUGCCCUUGGUUUCGUAAUGAAUAGGUGAACCUGUGUGCACUCAAGGCAUUUAAGGUAUUCUGCUGCUCCAACUAAAAUGCAUUUCACAUGGAACAAAACCUUUCACUACUAUACCAUAUUUUAAUAGUUUGUCCUUCCUAGUAACCCUGCUGUACGUCUUUUGUACUGUAUCUUUUCUAUUUCAGUGUAUUAUAUGCCUCUGUAGUCUUUGUGCUGUAGUAUUGACUACUUAUUGCUUUAAUGUGUUUUCAUUGUAGGGUUUUAAAACAAGCAUUUCUUAGAUUCUAUGUAACCCUGUGUGUUAAUCAAUGGUAAACUGUAUUUCAUAUUCUUUAAAUAUAUGAAGUAAAGCUGUUAUUCCUA